UAGCGUACGGUAGAAUAUCCACGGUCCUUUUAGUCGGACAUGAUAUUAUAGUGAGAUUCCUCUUCGACGCGACCCGCUCGAAGUGUAUGGACGGUCCGAAGUCAACGUGUCUUUGAACGGAACUACAGGUAAAGUAAAAGUAAAAUGCCUCUACACGGGAAGAUAGUGGUGAUCAAGAGGAGUGGAGGCGAUGGCACCGAGUUCCCUCUCACUGCCACAUGCAUGUUCGGAAGGAAACCCGACUGUGACAUUCGCAUUCAGCUUCCUCAAGUCUCCAAGGAGCACUGCAGAAUUGACCUGAAUGAAAAUAAAGAGGUUGUUUUGACCAAUUUGAGCUCAGUGAAUCCGACCCGGAUCAACGGGGAGGCUCUGCAGCAGGCUGAGCGUCUGAAGCAUGGAGAUGUGAUAACAGUUAUUGACCGUUCUUUCAGGUUUGAGUAUCCUCCUGCACCAACACCAAAGAAGAGAUCUUCCACAGGAGGCAAAAGUGAAACCCUCAAAGUUCUUAAGGAUCAGCAAGUGGUGGACACUCUCACUGCUGAAACAGGAGAAAAGAAGAUCUCUGAAGUGUUCACAGAUGGAGCUAAUCAUGACAACAUCCGACGAACCCUGGACAACACAGUGGAGGUGGAGUCCAUGGAGGAUGCCACCCAGAUGCAAAACAAGACCAACUCCCCAUUCAGUGAUCUGUAUCAAAUGAUCAAAAAGUCUCUGGAUGUCAAGACCCCUCGCAAGUCUUCUGCCAGUUUGCUUCAAACUCCGGCCUCGAAGUUUUGCACCCCAAAACCUGCGUCUGUCAGGAAAAGUGAGGUGAAACCUGUCGUUUUCAAAGAGGACCAAGGCACUCCUCAGAUGAAGAAUGAGGCUAAAGUAACUCCUGAAGAUAAGAGUUGUAAUCCUGAGACCCCAAAGUCUGUGAAGAAGCAGAGGAAGUCAUCCCCAACAUCAUCUGAGAAUCCCGGACCUGCAGCUGAAGAAGUUGAUCAUGUGAUCAAGUCUGAAACAACUUCACCUCAGAGGAGAACCCGUGUAACCCCCCAGAAGUUCACUGCAGCUGAGGUUAUGAAGCAGGUUUGUGUUGAAACUCCAAAGUCACCGGUGAGAAGAAGCAGCAGGGAGACCACACCAGUUAAACCAGCAGUGACUGCUGUCGAACCAGAACCCGUUCAGAGGAAAUCACCAAGGAACUCGGGAAAAGCUGAACAAGUAAAUGAGACGACCAAAAAGCGCAAAGCUGGACAACUUGCGGCUGACUUGCCCACAUCACAAAUGAAGAGGAAGCGUGUUUCCUUUGGAGGUGCACUGAGCCCAGAGUUGUUUGAUAAACGACUUCCUCCAAACUCUCCAUUAUGCAAGGGAGCCUUUCCACGGAGAAGCUUGUGUCUGAGUAAGCCCAAAGAGUCACUCCUGAGACGAGCAUCAGUCAUUGGACUAUUGAAGGUAAGAUUUUAACAGGUUGUGACUCGUGUAUAAAAAUGUGACCAUAAACACAGUUAUGACUCACCUUCACCUGGAAAGAAGUCGCCAAACUCUAAGGCCGCUUCUCCCAAGGCAGCAUCUCCUGGAAAGAAAUCGCCAAAGUCAGCAACUCCUGCAAAGAGAUCCCCCAAGACCCCAUCUUCUGUAAGAGGAAGUUCUCCCUCAACUCCCACAGUGCAAGGGCGCUUCUCUGUGUCCCGCAUCAGCACGCCAUCUCCAGUGACAGAAGACUCUGACACAUUUACCCCCAAAAUCCCUCUGAAGAGGAAGAGCAUGAAGGGAACCUCAAGGAAGACCCCAAUUAUCGCCAAGAGCGCUGUGAAGGGGAUCCGCAGGAGUGGCAUCUCAAGGGCCUCUAUGAAAGUGCAAAACUCCUGGGUGGACAUUGUGAAAUUUGGUCAACCUAAGGCUCAAGUGAUUGCUCCAGUUAUAAAGAUGGUUCCCAAAAAGACCACAAAGAAGACUGUGUGCAAACCACAGACACCUGCAAGAAACAUCAAGGGCCACGUCAGCACCGGACACGCAGAUUCACCUGCUACCAUCGUUGUGGGCAGAGCGCACACAAAGAGCGCCUUACACCCAACUGGGGCUGCUCCAAGACUGGUCCCAAAUAUUGUACUCUUAAGAAAGAACAUGAAAAUGGACGAGGACUUGACUGGAAUUCCCGAAAUGUAUAAAACCCCAGUAAAUGAAAGGAAGAACAGAUCUGCCAUCAAUGAAAGCGUCGACAAGACACCAGCGGGAGUUCUGGGCACAUCUGUGGUUGAACCAUCCGUUCUAAACACACCAGAGGGACCAGGGGAAAUGGUGGUUUCUCCACUGAAUCUGGCAUCUGCAGUGAAAGACAGAAGUUACAACAGUGAAGCAGUUCAACGCCUCCUGAAUGAAGAUAAAGACUCCAGCUUUGUCAGUGUGAUCCCUGCAUUAGAGAUUCCCUCUGAAGAAUCUAGUGAGCAGCAGAGCACCACGGUGAAGAAGACCCCUGUGAAAACUCCCAAACAGAAACCAGAACAACCCGAGUGUCUGUCGGGAUCGAAGAGGACCACAAGAACCCCAAAACAAAAACCUGAACCUGUUGAGGACCUGAGGGGGAAGAUUUUGAAAACUCCAAAGCAGAAACCUGAACAACAAGAGUGCCUCACUGGAGUGAAGAGAAUCAUGAAGACUCCCAAACAUAAGAUUGAACAGCAAGAGUGCUUGACUGGAGUUAAGAAAAUCUUCGAGACCCCACAAAAGGAAGCUCUCAAGGCUGAUGAUGUGAGUCUCUGUGGUGUUGAGGAACCUCAGGAGACACCAGCACAUGUGCAAGAAUCUGAGGACCUGUCUGAAAUGGCUGACGUGAAAACUCUGAAUGCAAAGAGCUCUCCAGUGCUGUGUCUAGAAAAAGAACUAGACUUUGCCAAUGAGGAUCUACAAGAAGACAAACCAUCAGAUGUGAUCAACGUGGUUCCCCAAGUUGACACAGUAAAAGAAGCUGUCUCAGAUGAAGUUGUCAACGACACGGAAGAGGAGCCAAGUGAAAAGGAGUCCUCAGAUGUCAUGGAAACCAUCUCUCAGGCAGCUGAAGAUGAGAGUUUACCUGAGGAACAACCAGAAGUGAACACAGUUAAGAAUCUGUCCGAGGAACAACCCGAAGUGGAGGCAGUUGUCAAGAAUCUGUCUGAGGAACAACCCGAAGUGGAAGCAGUUGUCGAGGAACAACUCGAAGUGGAAGCCGUUGUCGAGGAACAACCGGAAGUGGAAGCCGUUGUCGAGGAACAACCGGAAGUGGAAGCCGUUGUCGAGGAACAACCCGAAGUGGAAGCCGUUGUCGAGGAACAACCCGAAGUGGAAGCCGUUGUCGAGGAACAACCCGAAGUGGAAGCCGUUGUCGAGGAACAACCCGAAGUGGAAGCCGUUGUCGAGGAACAACCCGAAGUGGAAGCCGUUGUCGAGGAACAACCCGAAGUGGAAGCCGUUGUCGAGGAACAACCCGAAGUGGAAGCCGUUGUCGAGGAACAACCCGAAGUGGAAGCAGUUGUCGAGGAACAACCCGAAGUGGAAGCAGUUGUCGAGAAUCUGUCUGAGGAACAACCUGAGGUGAUCGAGAUUUCAACUGGCCAAGACACAGAAAUGGAGACUGCUGCCGUGGAUCCUGUUAAAGAGAAGAAAUCUGUUCGAGGGCGAAGAGCAAAGACUGUGGAACCUGAGGCAGUUGAGGUUAAACAAGAUGCAUCACAACAUACUGAGGAACCUGUCACCCCGGCGCCAGUCAGAGGAAGAAGAGGGAAGAAGACUGAAACCCCAGCUCCAUCUACUGUUGAACCGAAGACAAGAAAAAGAAACGCAAAAACCACUGAAAGCAAGGAUGCUGAUCUCACAGUGGAAGAAAGCGCCUCUCAGCCUCCAAAAAUCGACACCAAGCCUAGAAGAGGAAGAAACGCCAAAAAGGCUUCUGAUGAUCAAGCUGAAAUAGUUGCUACUGAAACCGAAAAUGCACCAGAGGCUGAGGGCGAACAGAUCACAGCAGUUGAAGUCGACCACAAGGCAGAUGAGAGUGUAGCCCCUCAGGAGAAAGUUGCGCCGAAGAGAGCGAGAAAACUGAAACAAGAAACUGAACCGUCUCAGCCAGAGCAGCAGGAUGUAGCAAAGGAGCAUUCAGAGGAGCCUGUGGUCCCUGCUCCAGUCAAAGGAAGGAGAGGGAAGAAAACCGAAGCCACUGCAGCACCUGCUGUCCGACAAACGACAAGAACCAGAAAUGCCAGGUCUCAAGGAAACGCCUCUGAUGAUAAACCUGAAGCUGCCCCAGAGACAUCACUGGAAAUGCAACCUGAGGUUCCCUCUGAAGCUGUGAGUGAGCAGACUGCUCCCCCUGCAGAGGAAGCUGUAGUAAAGCCUGUUCGAGGGAGAAAAACAAAACCAACACCUGUUGCGCCUCCUCAACCAGAGCCGGAGAACGCUGAAGUGAGUGAUGAGCCUCAACAGCCCAUUCCCACUGCUGCAAAAACCAGAAGAGGCCGAAAGAUCAAAUCUGACACCACUGAACAAACUGGGGCUGCAGAAGACACAUUGGUUACUGUAGAGACCAAGCAGGAGUCUCAGCCCCCAGUCAGGGUAAAGAGGGGGAGAAACGCCAAACAGGAGGAGGAAAAGCAAGAGAAUGAUGUCGAGACUAUUUCACCCGAGCCCUCUGAUGUCCAAGAGCCAGUUAAAAUAUCAACAAGAACCAGGAAAACCAAGGAAGAACGUGUAAAACCAAAGGAAGAAGAAAUCAAAACUGAUGAAACUAUCGUCCCCGAGGAGGCUGAAUCUGUGCUUGUUGCAGAACCACUGGAGAAUGAGCAGGUUCCUGUCACUGAAAAAAAAACCAAGAGAGGAGCGCAAAAAGCCAAACAAGCCGCUGAAAGUGAAACACCUGUGGAGUCCACUGAGGUCGAAGAAGUGCCUGCUGUCAAACCCAAACGAGGCAGGAGAGUAAAAGAAGCUACUGAAGUUCCUGCUGAAGUACCAGAGGCAAAGGCUGAGGAGGAAACUGCUGAGUCAGACGCUCCAGUCGCUAAACCUACGAGGGCAAGAGGUGUGAGAACUGUGAAAAAUCAAGUCUCAGAAGUCAUUCCAGCCAAAAGAGCACGUCGGGGGGCAGCAACUCUCCCUGAGGACACAGAAUCCACAGCCCUGGAUGUUCCAGCUGCAGAGCCGGCAAAGAGGGGGAAACGGGCUGCAGCAGCUAAGCCCACAACAGAUGAGUUGACAGUGAGCAGCGAUCAGGUGAAUAGCUCAGAAGAUUCAACCAGCGCAGUUACAGAAGAGGUCAAAGGGUCGAAAAGAUCCGUGAGGUGGAAAGCAGACCCUGAGGUCCUCCAGAUUCCAAAAGCAACACCCGUCAAAGCUGUGCGUGGAAAGAAGUCCAAACUUGUUGACGCUGAGAGCAAAAACACGUCGAGCGAUGCGGACAAAACUGAAGAGAAGGAUCUCUCAGAGGAAGUUGUUGAAGCUCAGCCCGUCAAGAGAGCCAGACGAGUAGCAAAGGUCACUGAAGAAACAGUGGAUCCCAAGAAAGAUGCUGAAGCUGAGACACAACCCAAAACCCGCAAAGGAAGAUCAACAAGGAAAUAAAGGCAUUUGUGUUUAUAUUUAGUCAAAAUUACAUUUUUCUCUUUAUACAUUUUGUAUUUGUGAUGUUUUAGAUUGUUUUUAGUAUUUUUAGAUUCGUUUUAUUAGGAAAUUGAGCACUAGAUUUUUUUUAUUAAUGAAAACUGCAGGGAAUCUUGUCUUAACCAUUUAUAUAAGUUGUACGUUAUUCAUUUUCGAUCUUUCAACAAUUUUAAC